AUGAUACCUGAUACAUAUUGUUCACCAACAAAACAUGGUUUUCAUUGUCCAGAAAAUUUUAAUUGCCAAAAAAUUGAAAUUCAAAGAAAUUUACGUGGUUAUAAUGGUUUUGAUGAAUUAGCAACUAGUUUUUUUUCAGUUUAUGAAUCAGCUAGUCAAGAAGGAUGGGUAUUUCUUAUGUAUCGAGCUCUUGAUAGUCUUCCAUCAUGGCGUGCAUUUUUUUAUUUUAUUUCAUUAAUUUUUUUUCUUGCAUGGCUUGUCAAAAAUGUAUUUAUUGCUGUUAUUAUUGAAACAUUCGCUGAAAUUCGUGUUCAAUUCCAACAAAUUUGGGGUUCAAUAGGAGUAACAUCAGGUAUUGAAGCAACAAAAGUACUACAAAAAGCUGGUAAUAGUACAUUAAAAUUAGUCAAUAGAGAUAAAAAAAAGAAAGGUGUAGCACCAGCUAUUUUUUUAAAAAUUGCACAAUCUCCAGUGUUCACAACAACUGUUAUGAUUGUUGUACUUGCUAAUACAAUCUUUACGGCAACUAUUAAACAUACACAUAAUGAAAAACUUGAUAAAAAAAAUCGUGAAUUUUAUCAUAAAAUUGAGACAUUAUUUACUAUAUUUUUUGAUUUGGAAGCACUUUUUAAAAUCUUCUCAAUGGGGUUUAAAAAUUAUAUUCGAAGAUCAAUAUUUAUAUUUGAAUUUGUGCUUGCUGUGGGAACAACUCUUCAUUGUUUUCCAUCAUUUUAUCGAAGUGCUUUUACAUAUUUUCAAGUUCUACGUGUCGCUCGUCUACUUAAAUCAAUUCCUUUACUUGAAGAUUUUCUUAAUAAAAUUUUUGGUUCGGGUAAAAAACUUGGUAGCUUAAUUUUAUUUACAAUGUGUUUGUUAUUGAUAACAUCAUCGAUUAGUAUGCAAUUAUUUUGUUUUAUUAAAGAUCUUCAACAAUUUGAAACAUUUCCUCGUAUUGUACUUUCACUUUUCGUUGCCGUCAUUUUGGACAAUCUUGAACUUGAUGAAGAUGUUAAAAUGAUUAAACAAUUAAAAACACAUGGAGCUAGUUUUGAAACUCAACAAAAAUUGCCAUGGCGUUUACGUAUAUUUGAACGUUUUUCUGAUCAUCCUCAAAUGAUUGAAUUAUCAGGCUUACCACAUGAUUUUAUAAUUCCGAAAAUUCGUAGUAGUUUUAUGCGUCAAUUUCUUAAUCAAGAUAAUAUUUAUUCAUAUUCACCUGCACUUUCAAUGAAUAUAUAUAAUAAAAAUCGUAGAGUUAAAACAUUACAUACACCAGAAUAUCGAUCAAUAGGUGAAACUAUGAAACGAACAGCUGUAAACAAUAUUAUCAGAAAUGCAAGUAAUCAACGUUUAUUAAGUGGUGAUGCUAGUCAAAUAAAUUUAGCAAGUAUAUUUGAUAAUAAAUUAUCAAUAUUCGUACAAAAAAAUAAAAUUGAACUUGAUCGAAAAAAUUCCAUGCAUCGCUCACAUUAUCGAUCAAAACCAGUACAUGUUAUACGUGAAAGUGGAUAUAUUGGUGCAUUACAUAGUCAAAAUCAAGAUGAUUAUGACAUCAAAGUAUUUCAAUAUCGAAAACAACAAGCUGAAUUACAACGAAAUCAACAGGAAGAAGAUCUUCGUGAAAAUCAUCCAUAUUUUGAUACACCUUUAUUUAUCAUCCCACGUGAAAGUAAUCUUCGAAAAUUUUGUCAACUUCUUGUCGAAGCUCGUUAUAAUGCUAAUACUAAAGAUCAUCUUGGACAAGAAUCAAAAGUUAGUCGAUAUAAACAAGGAUAUAAAUUUCUUGGCUUAGUAACAUAUCUUGAUUGGAUUAUGAUAUUUGUAACAAUAUUAUCAAUAGUUAGUAUGUCAUUUGAAACACCUGUUAAUCGACUUGUUGAUCAACCUUUAUUACAAAUAGCGGAAUAUGUGUUUGUUAUUUUUAUGAGUAUUGAAUUAACAUUAAAAAUUUUUGCACAUGGUUUAUUUUUUACACCAAAAGCAUUAGUUCGAGAUAUUGGUGGAGCUAUUGAUGUAGCAGUUUUUUUUGUUGGUCUGACUUUUCUUUGUUGGUUACCACGGAAUGUUCCAGUGAAUAGUGUUGCUCAAUUUCUUAUGCUUCUUCGAUCAACACGACCUUUACGAAUUUUUAUUUUGGUCCCUGAUCUGAGGAACGUUGUCUAUGAAGUUUGUCGAGGAUUUAAAGAAAUUCUAUUAGUAUCAAUAUUACUCGUUGUAUUGAUGUUUAUUUUUGCUAUUUAUGGUGUUCAAAUCAUUGGUGGACAAUUAGCUCGUUGUAAUGAUCAUGAUUUUUUUGAUAAUCAAAAAUCAUGUCAUGGAACAUUUUGGAGGAAAAUUUAUGUAUCAAAAAUGAAUGUUAGUAACGAUGAUCCAGUUAUGUUAGUACCACGUGUAUGGGCUAAUCCACAUAAUUUUAAUUUUGAUUAUAUUGGUAGUGCUAUGUUAGCUCUUUUUGAAGUUCUAUCACUUGAAGGAUGGCUUGAUAUACGUGAUAUCAUUAUGGAGCGUAUGAGUCCAGAACAUGUUAUAUUCGUUCAUAUAUUUGUAUUUAUUGGUACAUUAGUUGGUUUAACUCUAUUUGUUGGUGUUGUUAUUGCAAAUUAUUCAGAAAAUAAGGGAACGGCUUUAUUAACAGUUGAUCAACGUCGUUGGAUGGAUUUAAAAGGACGUAUAAAACUUAUUCAACCAUUAUGUACACCACCACGACCAGAAAAUAGCAAAUUUCGUUCAUAUAUAUUUGAUAUAACACAAAAUCGAUUAUUUGUAAAAUCUUCUACUGUACUUGUUCUACUAAAUUGUGCAUUACUUUAUAAACCAUGGAAAGUUAAUGAACAAAUAACACAAAUAUCAGCAUUAAUAUCAUCUUUAUUUACAUUUUUAUUUUUUCUUGAAGCUGUUAUGAAAUGUAUUGCACUUGGUUUUGUUGGUUAUUGGCAAUCACGUCGUAAUCGUUUUGAUUUAGUAGUUACUAUACUUGGUAUUGGUUGGAUUGUAUUAAAUUUUAUUUCUAUUAGCAAAACUGAACUUCAAGAAUUUAGUAAUACAUUGGGAUUUAAUGUCAUUAUACUUCGGUUUUUUACUAUUGCUGGAAAACAUGUAAGAAUUGCGCUAACAACUGUUUAUUUUUCUUUUAUUAGUACGUUAGCAUAUCGUUCGGUUGACAUUCGCAAAUCGUUACAAUUUGAAGAAUUAGUUGCUCGUGAAGCACUUGAAUAUUUAAUUGAAAAAGAGGUAGCAAAAUUAACAAUACGUAGUUGGCUUAAUAAAUGUUUAAAACGUAUUAAAGCAACAGGUCAAACAAAUGUUAUUAACACUUUACAAUGUAAUGAAUUAGCAUUUUUUCGUGAAGCACAAGCAAUAAUAAUAAAAGAAUCAUUAAAAAGAAUAAUAGAUAAUGUAGGCAGUGAAGAAGAACGACGAAUAAAAAAUCUUGAUGAUCAACAACAACAAAUACAAAAAGAUGUUGUCAAAGAUAAACUUGAUAAUACAAUUACAUCACCAAUACCCUCAAAUGAUUUCAAUAAUUCAAACUAUCGAACAAAAGCAGGUAUACAUAAUAUAUCUAUUGAAUCUAAAAGAGCACGACGACCAAUAUCACGACAAUUACAACAAAAUGUUCGUUUGACUUUAAGUAGUGAUGAAUCUUAUCCAUGGCGUUCAUGGCAAACAAGUAAUUUUAAGUAUGAGCGAAAAGAGGUUGAGUCAUGGUGGGCUAAUCAAUUUCAAAUGUCAGCUUAA